AUGUCGGUCAGCGUUUGUGCGCAUUCUGUUGUUGUUGCUGUUAUAACAGUGCUCAUUACCGUCUGGUUGUGGAAGAGGACACGUUGCCCUCUACGAACGAUAUUGAACGAUAUCAUUCAACCUAUCUGCAAUGUUGUUGCUGGUCUCCAUGAAUUAUUCACACCUUUUGAGCGUAAUAUUCGUAUUCAAUUAGAGAUCUUUGGAAAUCAUCUGAUGGAGCUUAUUCCUACGUUGGCGGAAUGGCUAUCGGCGAAACGAAUCCGACGUAAGAUGGCGAUCAGCAAUAUUAUUAAUUGA